AUGUCUACCACUUCUUCUUCUUCUUCUAAUAUCUGGUUAGUUUCUUACUUAAAGCUUCAAUUUUUUUCUCGUAUUCGUCGUUUCCUGCAAUCCAAAGCUGCUCGCAAGCGACGCACUGAUUCCAAUCAUGUUGAUAGUAUUAAUACAUCAUCAACAACAUCCAAAACUCUAAUCAAUCAUCAAGAAGUAAUUCAAGUUGCGGUGGAGGAACAAAUCGAGAAUGAUUCUUCCGUGGUGUUACAAAAGUCUGUGAAAAGGAUUCACUUUGGAAGCUGGGAAGAGAAGGAGAUGGCUGCCUUGGAGAUACAGAGAAUUGCUAAAGAAGAUGUGAAGAUUAAAAAGUUGAUGGCCGAGCUCGGAGUUAUUCAUGUGUUAGUCUCCAUGGUGGCCACGGAGGUGGUUGGCCGUCGCCAGGCAGCGGUUCAGGCCUUGAUCGAGCUCGCUAAUGGAACUUACACGUAA